CCUGGCGGUCUCCCGCCGCGCUGACUGGCUUUCUAGUGCUGACGUACGCGGCCGCCUCGGCCUAUCGCCGCCGAGCCGGCCGGCGGCGGGGCUGGCGGAAGUGGUGUGGGCGAGGAGGUCCCGCAGUGCGGAGCAGCGGGCGGCUGGGUGCCGGGCGGGCGGCCGGACUGUGGCUUCUCCCCGGGCUGGCCCCAGGAACAUGACGCGCUUCGCCCUGACUGUUGUCCGGCAUGGAGAAACAAGAUUUAACAAAGAGAAAAUAAUCCAAGGACAAGGCGUAGAUGUGCCGCUUUCAGAAACUGGCUUUAAACAAGCAGCUGCUGCUGGUAUAUUUCUUAAUAAUGUGAAGUUUACUCACGUUUUCUCCAGUGACCUCAUGAGGACAAAACAGACCGUGCAUGGGAUUUUGGAGAAGAACAAAUUUUGCAAAGAUAUGACAGUAAAUUAUGAUUCAAGACUUCGAGAAAGGAAACACGGGGUCGCAGAAGGCAGGGUGCUGAGUGAGCUGAGGGCAAUGGCCAGGGCGGCUGGGGAAGAGUGCCCCGCGUUCACACCACCCGGAGGAGAGACUCUGGACCAGGUGAAAAUGCGUGGAAAAGACUUUUUUGAUAGUCUCUGUCAGCUGAUCCUGAAAGAAGCAGGCCAAAAAGAACAGUUUUCCCAGGGAGCUCCAAGCAGCCGUCUGGAAACUUCUUUGGCAGAGAUAUUUCCUGUAGGGAAAAACUGUGCCUCCGAAUUUAAUUUAGACAGCGGAGCUCCAGGAUUAGUAGCCAGUGUCUUAGUUGUGAGUCACGGCGCGUACAUGAGAAGCCUGUUUGCUUAUUUCCUGACUGACCUUAAGUGUUCCUUACCAGCCACUCUGAGCAAAUCUGAACUUGUGUCAGUCAGUCCCAACACAGGGAUUAGUGUCUUUAUCAUAAACUGUGAGAAGGGACGAGAAGUCACACCAACAAUCCAGUGUGUUUGUAUGAACGUACAGGACCAUCUAAGUAGAGUGACUGAAACUCCCUAAUUUGAAAUCUGCAUCCAAAUCUUACAGGUUUGGACCUCUGAGGUGGCAGCACCUGUGGCUUUAUUUCCAUCCUCUGCUAAUGCUGAUUUGGAAACAGUUAAAAAGCUGACUAUAAUCGCAGGUCAUAAAACUCAAAAGGAAUUGUGGUCCCAUAAAAGCACUAAUGGAAAAUCAUUUAGAAUUGACUUCUUGUCCAAAUAUAGCUGGCAUUUCCAGAGUAAUUUUACCACCCUGCUCAGUUACAUCCCUGGACUAUAAAUGGAUGAUCACAGAGUACUGCAAAUCGAGGGAUUAAUAACUAUGUUACUUCUUUUAAAAAAAAUGUUGAUAUUUUUCUUUAAUAUCUGGACAAUCUAGCCUGUUUUAUUGGCUAUUGGUAAGAAUACUGUAUGUUUUUUACUGUCUCCUUCAGUGCUUGGAAGAAGGAACUAUAUAUAAUUGUCACUGUAUAUUUAUAAUCAUAACAUGUUCUAUUUAAGAAGUCCCUUAAAUGAAAAUUUCUUACCAUCCUAGGUUUAUUAGAAGCAAAAUGACACUAAAACGUCUAAUGUAGAGAUUAACAGUUAAAAGUUUUUGCCGUAGAGGCUUUGAAAUGUGGAUGAAUGUCGAUUAUGAUUGUGGAAUGGUCUGGUGAGGAAGGAUUUAAAGCAUCAUUUGGUUACAAAACAUUGAAAGAAGGAAUCUCUGAGCAGGAGAAGAUAAAAGAGCAGCUCUUUUACCAUAGGCUGAAGAAUUUAGCUGUGGAAGGCUCUAAGGGAAUUAAACAAUUACUAGUGCACCACACGUAGCCUCAGAGUAAAUGAGGGCGCUCCAUGGGAAAGCAGUGCUUGGCCAACCACAGCAGAGGUUUUCUGGUGGAAGGUGUAGAUGCCUCUUUUUUCCACCAGGUGGUACUGGAGGAAAGGGAUUUUUGUUAACCGAUUUCUGUCCGUAAAAUUGAUCCUUCAAAAAUCCUCAUCUAAAUGAAGACAGUGUUCACACGUAGUUUGCUUUUAUAUCAUGUUGGUGAAUGCUGUAUCAGUUUGUAAGAUUUGUAAUUAAGUUUGUCAGUUAAGGCUAAAAUCAUGUAUAGUCCAAAUUCACGCUGAAUUUAAGUCACGUAGAAAGUUCAGUAUCACACUGUUCUCCCUGCCCGGCUCUACCAGUUUCCCUACCAGGAUGGGAACAAAGCCCGUGGCUGAGUCCUAGAGGAAGUACACUGCAAAUGAAAACUUGAAAAAGUAACCAAAAAGGACAAAUAAUAGUAAUAUUAAUUCUUAUCACCUAGAAAUGAUAGCUCCACUCUUGUUUUUUUUUAAGAAAUAACACAAGCGAUGUAAGCGAGGUUCCCUCGAUCAGCUCUCAGCCCUCUCCCUUUGCAUGCAGUGUAGCGCAGCCACCACAGAGGGUCUGUGUACACAUUCACCAUUCUAUACUUUUUCACCUGUGGUCGUAAGGAAACGGUUUGUUUUGGUGUUUUUAAAAUGUACAUAAUCAAGCUAUCUAUUUAUUUUCAUCUUGGGGCUCUAUGCUGAUAUGUAUAGAUCUAGUUACUAUAACCUCUGUAUUCUACUGAAUAAAUCACAUUUUGUUUUAUUAGCAGACACUUAGGUAUAUUCGGUGUUUUCCUAUAGAAAACUUCAGGCAACAGCGUAUUGCCUCCCUCUCCCUGCUGUGUCAUAAAAAAUGUGCAUCUCCGGUUUGAGAAGAACUGAAUUGCUCUUCCGAAUAGCUCUGUUCACGUAGGCAUUUUACCGUCUCUCAUCAUCACAGGAGGAACUGCAAGAAGAAAAUAAACACACCAAUGACUUGCAUGGCCAGUUCCACGUCUGUUGUGGCCUCUUCCAACAGUGGCAGCAGCUUGGCCGAUCUCUGAGGCACACUCAGUGUUGCUGAACAAGCUGUCCACGUCCAACCUACCAAUCUGAAGGAACACAAACACUGAGUACUAGCUGAUGGAGAGAGAUGCACUGUAUUUAGGAUGUGUUCUGCUAAACAUUCUAAUGUAACACUUCUCUCAAACGGUGAAUCUUCUGUGAAGAGACCAUAAAUUGAAUUGCAGUUUUGAACAAAGGUCUGUGAUUUCUCAUCAGGCCACGGCUAUACCCACCCGUUAGCCUCUACUAAUACCAGAAGAGAAUUCCUAAUUGCCAGAGCGCCACUGGACACCUUAGACUGGGUAGCCUGACCAUGCUUCUUACCUCUCUGGCCACCACCCAAAAGCUUCCAGUCAAGAAGCUGCUAUGGAAGAAUUGAUGAGGCUGUCUAAAUACAAAAAAAAGUUGUAGAAGUCUUGGAAAGGUUAUUUUGAUCUCUCUGCGCCUCUGUUUUUUAAUUUGUGGAACCCAAGUAUCAGGUGUUUGGAAGCCUUUUCUGUGGAAACCCCAUAUAUGUGAAGAGUGGAUGGCACUGUGCCAUCAAAUCCAGCCAAGAAGAGUCUGAGCAGAACACUUAGACAAAGGGGAACUAAUUUCUCAUCUUUCAACCCACUAUGUCUCUAUUUGCUGGGUGAGUCUGUUCUUGGGCCUCUUGUUUCAUCAAAACUUGGAACAAAAUCUCUUAAAAUAAGGAAGAAAGAUAUUUUAAGAAACAAGUAAAGGACGGACUGAUUUCUCAUAUCUCAAUCAUGACAUGCUUAAAGAGGAAUCCAAUACUUUUAUUUAUUUUUUUGUCCUCUAUUCUUCCAUUCAGCUCUUCUUAACCACUUCCACCAAAGUACUCCUAAGGACAAAGGGGAAAGAAUAUGUGCCCCUUCCCUUUACACCUAGUAAAAGUUAGGUAUUAAAAAAGAAGAAAAACAAGA